CUCGCUAGCGGCGGCUAGCCGAGCCCAGACGGGGGCCUGACCAGUCACCAGAGCCAUCUCAGCGGCUCAGCCAGACGGCCUCAGUCAACCGCGCAACGGCGUGAGAGAAGGGUAUUCGCUUACUUCUCUCCAACCUCCCCCUCUCCUAACCCUUCCUGCACGCUAUCACCUAACCUGGCCCCCCCCCCCCCCCUUAGUGUACUGGAAAUAUGAAAAUCCUUAGGCGUGGGGCAUUCCGUAAUCUGUACCUGCUCGUCUUAGCCAGUCUCUUCGCCCUGUACCUCUAUAAGUCUGGAAAAAACGAUGACUUUCUGAACCAACACCGGAAGUUUUUAAAGGAGCUGAAGUUACGGUCCAAUAGAGUUUCGCGAGGUAUAGAAUUCGGUGAUGUGGACUUGGAUUCGAAUGGGUUCCUUCAGUACCAAUUGCAGAGACAGGCUGCUGGCGGAGGUUAUGUGUUCCCGGACUCAGGGUUACGGGAGGGGGCAAGCUUCGCGCAGGUGGACUGGCACAACCACACACAGGAGGAGCUGGACAGGAGGAGAACGGGCCCCGGAGAGCAAGGGUUACCGCACUACCUCGCCCCGGGACUCGAGAAGAAACGCGAGGAGCUCUUCUACACCAAUGGCUUCAACGCUCUGCUCAGCGACGGGAUUGCGUUGGACAGAGCGCUCCCCGACAUAAGACAUCCCAAGUGCCGCGAGAAGACGUACGCGGAGCGGCUCCCCACUGUUAGCGUCGUGAUUCCCUUUUUCGAGGAGCACUGGACCACCCUUCUCCGCACCGUGAUGUCAGUGGUCAACCGCUCGCCGCCCCAGGUCCUGCGGGAGAUCAUACUGGUGGACGACGGCUGCACCCUGAAAGACUUCCUGAAGGAGCCUCUGGAGAAGUGGCUUAAGGAGCAUGUGCCCAAGGCGAAGAUAGUGCGGCUGCCAACGCGCCGGGGGCUGAUCACGGCGCGGCAGGAGGGCGUCAAGAAAGCCACCGGGGACGUGAUUGUUGUGCUCGAUUCCCACGUGGAGGUGAUGAUCAACUGGCUACCGCCCCUCCUCGACCCCAUCCUUGCUGACCACCGCACCGUGGUGUGUCCGCUCAUCGACGUGGUGAACCAGGCCACCUUCGCCUACACGGCCCAGGACCACGGCGGGCGCGGCGCCUUUGACUGGCGGCUCUUUUACAAGCGGCUGAGUCUGCGGCCACACGAGCAGAGCCGCCUGCCCGACCCCUUCCCGAACCCAAUCAUGAAUGGUGGCCUCUUCGCCAUGAGCCGUGACUUCUUCUGGGAGCUGGGUGGCUACGAUGAGGGGAUAACCAUCUGGGGCGGCGAGCAGUACAACCUGUCCUUUAAGAUCUGGAUGUGCGGCGGCCGGAUGCUGGACGCCCCCUGCUCUCGCGUGGGCCACAUCUUCCGCCACUCCCCCAAGGGCCGCCCGUCUGUCAAGGGAGACUUUCUAUCUAAGAACUACAAGCGUGUGGCGAGUGUGUGGAUGGGGGAGUACGCCGAGGCCUUAUAUAACAAAAACCCACAUCUGCGGGAAGUGGACGCAGGCGACGUGAGCAAGGAAGUCGAGGUUCGCGAGCGUCUGAAGUGCAAGAGCUUCAAGUGGUUCCUGGAGGAGGUGGCGCCGGACCUGCUCGUCAUGUACCCGCCCUUCGAGCCGCCAAACUAUGCUAAUGGAACCAUCCGCAGUGUGGCCGCCCCCAAUCUCUGCAUGGACAACGGCGCCAAGGAGAACAGCGAAAUUAUCCUGUACGGCUGUCACGGAGGAGGCACGCAGUACUUUUCGCUGUGUUGGCGCAAGACACUCAGGGUGGACAGCGAGCAGUUCUGUUGGAAGGUCCCGAGCUCCCUGGAUCAGCCCCCCGUGACCACCCACUGCCAGAUUAGAAACAUUCCUUCCACUCAUAUAUGGCGUUACGACCCCAGCACCGCCUACUCGCUUUCCUCACGCACUGCAGUCAAGCUCUGGGCGUCUGCAGCUGGUGGCUAUCUGGUAUCGGAAGCUGUGCACGGAGAUCGGCCAGUUCGAACUCUCCCCUUACGCCGCUCCAAGCUCUCCCAUCUCCUAGACGUCCUCCGCAGCCUCUUCCCCCGCCAGGAGCAGACCACAACUAUCACCACGCCCAGCCAUGAUUUAGGGGGAACGAAGGGGAAUGAUUUGGAGGCUGAGGACAAGGAAGUGGAGGAUGAGGAAGAUAGUGUAGAGGUGAAGGAGAUAAAUAGCAUGGAGACGGAGAGUGACGAGGUAGAAGAAGAGAACGACGAAGAGAAAAUAGGAGAGAACAUAGUAACGAAGGAGGAAGAAAAUGAUUCAGAGGAGGAGGAGGAGGAGGAGGAGGUUAAGGAGAAAGUCUUAGAAGAGGUAGAAACUGAAGAGAAAAAUGAUACGGAAGAGGUGGAAGAAAAGGAAAAGGAGGGAGAGGUGGAAGAGAAGAACGAAACAGAAGAGGUGGAGGAGAGUGAAGAGAACGCCUUUGUGGAUAUAGAGGACUCAGUGGAAGAUGAUAACUUGAAGGUGGAGAAUGAGACUGAUGACGAGGGCGAGGAGGUGGACUUAUUUGAGGUGGAGGAGGACGUGGUGGAGGUGGCAGUGGAGGUGGGCGUGGAGGAGCUGCUGAGGACGGUCCCAGACACCUUCCUCAGCCUGGCCCUGAGUCCUCGGCUGAUGGAGCGAGGGUGGCCCAACUUUAACACCAGCUCGCCACGUCUCCUAACCCUGGUUGGUGCCCUCGCCCCUGCCAUCCUGCGUGUGGGGGGGACAGCUGCCAACUUCCUGACCUACGACCCGACACCGCCAGCCCCCUCAGGAGCCCAACUGGAGGGGGGAGGAAGAGAGAGUCAGGAGGAAGAUGAUGAUGAUGGUCAAGAGGGAAGUGGAGAGGAGGAGGAGGAGAUGAGGAAUGAAAAUGAGAUAGAUGAUGACGUACAAGGAAGUGGAAAAAGAGAGAAGGAUGGUAGUGGUGAUGAAGAGAGAAGUGAAGGGAAGGACACCGAGGAAGAAAAGGAAGAUGGUGCAGAAGAAGGUGGUGGUGGAUGCUCCGAUAAACACUUUGCACAACCAACUUUCACCAACUUCACCAUUACGAGUGGGGACUGGCGGCAGCUGCUACACUUUACAAGGGCGGUGGGCAUGCAGCUUCUCUUCGACCUGAACCAGUUUUACCGCGGGCCGGGGGGCGAUUGGGACCCCGCCAACGCCCGCCUCCUCCUGCGGGACGCCUGCACCAGCGGCUUCACCUCCGUCACCUGGCAGCUUGGGAACGAACCCAACUCCUACAGACACAAAUACGGAUUCGUCCUGUCGGCGGAGCAGACGGCGAGGGACUACGGUAUCCUCCUGAAGGUGCUGGAGGAGGAGUGCCCAGCGCCUGCCCGUCUAGUAGGCCCCGACGUGACGAGACCGAAGCGCCACCACCCUCACCCUCACCCCCUCCCUCAGGCUGGCUUGGGCGUCGACUCCAUGGGCUAUUUGGAGAGCUUUCUGACGGCGUCCACAGUUAACCUCACAGCUGUUACUUGGCAUCAGUACUACAUCAACGGCCACAACGCCAAUGAGGGGGAGUUCCUGAACCCCACCGUGAUGGACAAGCUGGAGUGGCAGAUGGACCAGGUGGUGAAGAUAAGAGACCGUCUGGCGCUCGGCAAACCCAUCUGGCUGACGGAGAGCAGCUCGGCGUGGGGCGGAGGGGCACACGGGCUCAGUGACGCCUUUGUGGCCGGCUUCCUGUGGCUCGACAAGCUGGGCGUGGCGGCAAGGGGCGGCGUGGAGGUGGUGGCGAGGCAGACGCUGUACCAGGCUUGUUAUGCCCUGCUGCGGCCUGACCUGACGCCCAACCCGGACUACUGGCUCUCCCUUCUGUACAAGCGGUUAGUGGGAGGACGAGUUCUGAGCCUCAAGAUGCCCUCCGCCCCUCCCUCACUUCGCCUAUACGCCCACUGCCUCCACCCUCACGCCCACGCUGAAGGAGGCCCUGAAGGUGGCGUGGUGGUGCUGGGCAUGAACCUGGGGACACGUGCCCUACGUGUCAGCCUCGGGGACAAGCUGGCAGCCUCCCCCGUUAUGCAGUACCUUCUUCAGCCAGUCAACGGCGAACUGAAGGCUAGACAAGUGUUGCUGAAUGGGGUACAACUUCAGCUGGGGCCACGGGGGGAACUGCCGUCCCUGGACUACGCCUCGCUGCCCCCCGGCCCCUUCACCCUCCCCCCCACCUCCCUGGGCUUCUGGGUGCUGCCUCGUGUUCGCGCCCCCGCCUGUCUGUAAGAGGUAGGUCUCUCU